AUGCACUCUGCCGAUCAAAUGGAUCUGCUCGACAAGUGGGACCCGGAAUUUGAGGACACGCUUAGUCUGGACGAAAUCUACCAAGAACGGAGUCGUCUCGCUGCUUUUGAGGAAUUUAUAAGUCCGGGGCAGGGACAGAAUGGUCUUGAAAACCCUGACAAGGAAGUGACAGAUGAUACCAAUGCUGGGAAGGAUAGUGAGGACAACCCAGAGACCCAGACGAAGACUGCACGCCGCAUCGCCCUUCGAGCGGGGCCAAUGGAGCCUCCAUGCGCGAAAACCCGACCAACUACAAUAGUUGACUUGCCUGUCGAUAUUCUGCUCCAGAUUUUCGGUUACUUCCAGGACGCAAGGGUCGGAAGACGGGCCCAAAUUGACUGCAGGUCACCGCACAGGGGCUGUGAAGAGGAUAUUGCCUGUCAGACGGCCCGCGAGACGAUCCGGCAAAUUCGCCUGGUCUGCCGCCUGUUCAACGACCUGGCGUCUCCACUGUUGUGUCCGAUCCUCCGCGUAGAUCUGGACCAGGAAUCUCUGAAUGGGGCGGUCGAGUUGUGCAAACGUCCCCGGAUAGCUGGAGGAGUGCAUGCCAUCCAAGUGGGGCUGCAAUAUCGUCCAGAAGAGCUCGUCUCAGACUGCCCCCGAUUCAAGGACUAUUGCAAGCAGCAAUUGGAUAAAGUGGCCGAUCGCUGUGACUGGCUCGGGGGGUAUGAAUUGGACGAUGAAACAGACUGCCUGGAGGACAAGAGGGAAUUUCGAGAAGCGAAACGCAAUUACCAGAAGAUCUGUCGUUCGUGGGACGCCUAUUUCUCCACCGACGAGAGUGACGAGAAUGACGAUGUCGCCGAAGCAGAGGCAGAUGAGCACAUGGAGAUUCUCAUCCGAGCCUACAAUGAAUAUUGCAAAAAGCAUGAAGAGCAACUGCAGCUCAUCACCAGUGGAGCCUUCGUCACCGCGCUUGCCGCUUGUAUCUCCCAACUGCCCAACACAGUGACCCUGGGCUUCACAGACGAAAUGGAACCACUGUAUGAUUGGGAUAACCCGACAAUUGUACUGGGAGACACGAGUCUGCUUCCCGGAAUGAUGAGCGCAGCGCUACGGUGGGAAAAGAUCGACAAUUUGCGCCAUGGCAAUGAUCCCGUCCUUACGCGCGAUGCCAGAUUUACGCCCGCCAGGAUCUUGUUCGACCUGCCGGUUGCCAUACACAAAGCCGGAAUCAAGUUGAGGAAUCUUGAUCUCGGACCGUUCCCAUGCCGAGGCAGUUUUUCUCUGCUCUGUCCCGAUACUGUGAGCAAUCCCACCGAUCCAGCAGUAUGGUCAGCGCUUCGAGCGGCGUGUAGCAGCCUCUGGCGAGUCAAUUUCGGAAUGAACCAGAACCACCACCGCCCUCACAUCCGCCACGAGCACCUCCGACCGGAUGAAAAGUUCUAUGUCGACCAGACCUCAGCACAGUACUUUUCAGUAGAGAUCUAA